AUGGAGUACAAGCUGUCUACGUUGUCUGUCAGCAUUCUUUGUGCCGUUCUGACAACACUCUUCGUCUUCUUCGUCUACCUAGCCUUCGUCGAGCCAUGGUUCAAUCCGCUCAGAAAUCUGCCUGGCCCGCCUAGCACGGGGCUAUUCAAGGACCAACUAGGUCUUGUUACGAACCCGUCCAUCUCACCUCGAGUCCAGGAGGCAUUCGUGAAACAGUACGGACGAAAUGUGAUGAUUCGAGGCAUCUUGCCUUGGGAUCAACGCCUUUUCACUCUUGACCCCGUUACCCUCUCGCACGUUAUGAAGAAUUCGCACGUGUAUGAGAAACCAUGGCACUCCCGCCGGCUUAUUAUCGGCCUCAUUGGAUGCGGUAUGCUUGCAGCAGAAGGUCAGGUGCAUAAGCGACAACGCCGGGUGGCCACUCCGGCAUUCUCUGUACAGAACAUGCGUGCCUUGGUCCCACUUGUAUUCGUGAAGGGGAAUGAGUUGAAGGAACGAUGGGCAGAACUCAUCGCGCAAUCACAGAGCCACGAUACAAGUGAGAAGGCGAUGAACGGUGCAAAGCUUGACGUGUGUCAUUGGGUGAGCCGGGCUACCUUUGAUGUCAUAGGAUCAGCGGGCUUCGAUUACAAAUUCAAUGCCAUUCAGGACGAGACAAACGAGCUCUUCAGCGCAUACAAAGAGAUGUUUGAAAUCGGCGUUUCGCAACAAGAGGGUUCUUUCCGCGGUCUCGUGACCCUACACUUCCCAUUCAUCAACACUCUUUUUCCGGAUAAAGCCGCGUUGACUGUGCAGACAUGUCAGGAAGUGAUCCGUCGCGUCGCAGGUCAACUUGUACAGGAGAAAAAGCAUAAAAUAGCGGAGGCUGAACGGAGCGGAAGCAUUUAUCAGGGCAAGGACCUGCUCACUUUGCUCCUGAAGUCGAACGGUGCAGCAGAUCUUCCUCCGGAACAACGCAUAUCCGACGAAGAUAUCCUCCACAACAUCAACACCUUCAUGUUCGCCGGCUCGGACACAAGCUCGCUCGCGAUCACCUGGAUGCUCUACCUCCUUGCCAAGUACCCCGCCAUCCAGACCCGCCUCCGUCACGAGCUCCUAACUGUCGCACCGCCCACGCCGCUCUCCACGCUCACGUCGGACGAAGUCGUCUCGCUGUACAGCGCCGUCGCGGAACUGCCAUACCUCGAGAACGUCAUGCGCGAGACACUGCGCCUUAUCCCGCCCGUGCACUCGUCGAUCCGCGUAGCGACGCGGGACGGCGUGCUGCCGACAAGCGUGCCUGUGCGCACGCGCAUGCCAGAUGGGAGCGUGCAGGAGGUGAUGAGCAUUAGAGUGCCGAAGGGGGCGCUCAUCCAUGUACCUGUGGAGGGGUUCAACCUAGAUAGAGAGGUAUGGGGAACUGACGGUUGGGCGUUUAACCCGGAUCGUUGGGAUAAACUCCCUGAAGCCGUGAAGUCACAGCCUGGUUUGUAUAACAACACUCUCACGUUUUCGGCUGGACCAAGAUCGUGCAUAGGCAUGCGCUUUUCCGUUAUCGAGAUGAAGACAUUCCUCUUUAUUCUCCUUACAAGCUUCACGUUCGCUGAGAGCGACGAGAAAGUCGGCAAGGCCAACGUUGUGCUGACAAGGCCGUACGUGGUGGGCAAGCAUCUGGAGGGUAGCAAAUGUCCUCUGCUCGUGACGCCGUAUGUCCGGGAAUCUGCACGUUGA